GGAACCUUGAGGAAAUGAAAACAAGAUACAGACAGCGGCAGAUAAACAUUAAAAACACUCGGUGACCUCCCCGAUUUCAUGUACUCUCCGGAAGAAGUGCGACGCAAUGGGUUCGUCUUGGUAUUUGGACGAGACUGAAAUCAGCUCAUAUGACCCAGGGCAUUCGUCACCAGACAGCCUGUCUUUCAAUGGAAAGCUCUUUAACUAUCCAGCUGGUUCUAUGUCCAGCCUUGCAGAGAAGGGUGUUGUUUAUGUUGAUUCAGACCCGGAGGAAGAUGACGAUCUUAAUGUUCCAGAUAGCACAUGUGGAGGUCAUGGGAUAUUGGUUCGGAGUGAUCCAAAAAAGACAACAUUUCAAAUAGUUAACACCAGGAUCCAUGAUGAAAACAAGCAUGUGAUUUAUUGCGUGAUGGUUUUGAAAAAAGAUGUGGGUAUUGACAAAGACCAAGUCACAGUAGAAAGACGAUACUCUGACUUUGCUGCCCUUUACAAAACACUCAGGAAAGACCUCUCCUCUCUGUUUAAAGACAUUGAAGUCAAUUUUCCAGGAAAAGUGAUUGGACAGAAGAAUAAUCUCAAUCCUGAAUUAAUCGAAUCCAGACGCAUGGCUCUUCAAGAUUUCCUACAGAAUAUUUUUAAACACAAAGAAGUACGGCAACAACAAGCUUUCAAAGAAUUCUUUUUCCUGCCAGGGUUGAGAGAGGCAACAGACAGUCUUAAAGCAGGUGAACUUGAAAAUUGCCUUGAGUUGUUCUUAAACAGCAUUCAUCUUCAAGUUAAGCUGUGCGAUGAAGUGAGAGAGACUGUAGCUACUUUUGGAGCAAUUGUUGUUGUACUCGAGGCUCAGGGGAAACUGGAAGAUGCAGAACGUUAUGCAAGAGCAGCACUUGAAUUAAACCAUGAUGAUUAUCUAAGCCCCUAUGCAAUGCCCUUGCUGGACACAUUAGCAAAGUUAAGAAGGAUAUUGCAAAUGGAAAAGAAAACUAUAGUAAGACAUCUGAGUGAACUUCAGAGAAUGAGUGGCAUAGAGGUUGAAGACACUUUUACACUUCGAGAACUUGCUGUUAAAAGAUUUGAAAAAGUCAAGUAAUCAGUAUAAUGUGGAAAGUGUAGCUUUGAUUACUUAGUCUGAUCAUGUGUGAGAGUAGUCCUGGGAACUACUGAUGUCAGUAGAAGUGAGUGCUGUUUCAGUGCAUUUAGUAGAAGCCAUUUAACCUAUCAGCAUUAGGAGAGUAGUUUUUGUCAAUUGAAUGUUGUUGACAUGUGUUCUAGGGAUUUUGCUUUUAAGUUAGUGCACCAGCCACUCAACAGAUGUCAACAAAUACUUGAACCAUGGAAAUGAUUUUUUGAGGACAUUUUAAGUGGGUUAUUUACACAAGGUCUAACUCUAACUGCAGUUUUAUGCAAGCAGUGGGCCUCAGGGAUUCUCUAUAAGCAGGCUGAUUUAAUUAAGUAAAUGUCCUUCUACUAUUAGCUUUUGGCCCUCUUGACACUGUUGACAAAAAAAAGGUUGAGAGGAAAGGUUUGGCGAGAUAACGCGGUUUUGUAAACAACAGCCAAACUUUAUUUUAGUAAAUGGCUCUUAGUCAACGAAUGUCAGUUACUAAAUCUGACAAUAGUCCUUCUCAAGACUUCCAUCACCCAGAAGAUCGCACUACAUGCUCAAGUGUGACUCUAGGGUCUAAGCACUUAUUUUAAAAUGUAGCAUAAUUGCUAUAAACUUUAUUUUAGUAAAUGGCUCUUAGUCAACGAAUGUCAGUUACUAAAUCUGACGAUAGUCCUUCUCAAGACUUCCAUCACCCAGAAGAUCGCACUACAUGCUCAAGUGUGACUCUAGGGUCUAAGCACUUAUUUUAAAAUGUAGCAUAAUUGCUCUUUUCAUCAACAUGUCUACAAUUCUAAUGAAAAGCACUUUAUACAACUUUUGUUGUUUGCUACAGUAGUCAAAUGAAUGUAGCACGACAAGACCUAAUUGGCAACAGUUGAUAUGUUGUGUUGACAAGUUACUGAAAAGAACAGUAAUAAGUUAGUCAUUUGUAGUGUAAGUAAUUAUUAGAUAUACAAAUAACAGGAUUUUUGUCAAGUUAUCUGAAAUUCCUUUUUCAGAUCUAUAUCUUACAAAAAUUUGGAAGGAAACUUGUGUCUGUACAAUUUUUGUCAGAGGUGACAUUUAUUGGUGGUCAAGAAUGCAGGAUAUUUCUUCUUUGUAGUGAUCGCAGAUUUCAAUAUUUCAGAGCUUAGUUUACAUACAAAUGGCAUUUCAGUUUUGGCUGUAAAUUUUCCAGGAUUGCCAAAGGUGUAUGUAAAAUUAUGGAGAUGUAAUAUAAUGUUUAAAAAUAUUUAUUGUCAGUGACAAGAAUGUAUAUAGCAAUUAAUAUAUAAAAUAUUUGUAAUAUUAAACCUGAUCAUGAUAAUGAUCCACUGGCUUAGUGCACUUUUAAGCUGUGGAAAACACCUGACUUUUGUGUUUGGGCUUUUAUUUCACUUUUUCUUUUAAGACAACAUUUGUCUGCAAAGAUUACAUUAUUUGUCACCAAACAUACUUAUCUUGUGUCAGUCAUACUGAUGAGGUAUUCUUUUCAUUUAGGCCACUCACCCAAGGGGAAUUUAAAAAUUAUUGAUCUCUAGAUGACAGUUAAAUACAUGAUUAGUCAUCUCUUUAAAGAGCUAGGAAAUGCAUGAUUUAAUGUUGAAAAUGCUGGUAGCAGUAUAAAUAAAUAAUUUGAAAUGUA